AUGCCUCUCACCGUGUUGUCUGACGCCGACAUCCAUGCUCUCCUCAUAUCCCUCUCCAAGGAGGAUAUCGAGCGUCUACAAUCGAAUCUCUGUGAUGCCAUGCACGACUAUUCGAAAGGGUCGCAAGAAACAUGCGCUGGAUGCAGCGGCAACCAGCCGAAACGCAUGAUGAUACCUGGCCCAAACAAGCAGACGACGCUUUUCAUGCCAGCAGCCACGAACACAAGCAAAGGUGUCAAGAUCAUAUCUCUCGCAUCACCGCCGAAUGCUACCAAGACCCCCAGCCUAGCAAGUCUCGAUCUCAACUCCUCCUUCGACUCUCGGAACAGCUCUCCAGCCCCUCAAAGCCCUUCGCGGGCCAGCUCCAUUUCCACCAAUGCCUCACUCUCCCACACAACCUCCAACACUAGCACCAAAAGCAACACCCCUUAUACUCCCUCAUCCUCUAUCACAAGCCCCGCCUCUACAAACCCCUCCCUCACCUCCUCCCAGUCCACCACCCCACGAGGUUCCCUCACGCUCCUCGACUCUUUUGGCAAUCCCUACGCCUUUCUCGCUGCAGAAGAGCUCACCGCCUUCCGCACCGCUCUCGGCUCCACUGUCAUCCUGACAAAGCGUGAGAAGGUCCACAGCAUUACCGUCUUUGGUGCGGGCAUGCAAGCGCGCUGGCACAUUCGCCUUGCCCUCCUCCUCAAAGGCCCUCACAUCCAUCACGUAGAUAUCAUAAACCGGUCCUUCGCGCGGGCGAAGGCCAUAAUGCACGAUUUCUACACGUCAGACGAGUGGGCAGAUAUCCGGGAACGAAACCCGAAGGUGCAAUUUUCGAUCCUGAGCUCCGAGUUCAAGGAUAGGCACCAGCAUUUAAAGGAUCAUGUGCGGAAAGCGGAUGCGAUUUUCCUCACCACCCCAAGCACGGAACCGUUGUUUCCAGCGGAGAUCCUGACACAUGCGGAGGGGAGGAAGAAGGGGAGGUACAUUGCUGCUAUUGGUAGCUACAGGAGUCAUAUGGUCGAACUGCAUCCGGACAUCUUGCAGCAAGCGGUUGCGGUGGAUCACAAACAUCACCAUCACCGGCAUGCGGAUGAGGGGAGGGUCAUCAUUGUGGAUUCGCUCGAGGAGUGCCUCAAGGGUGCCGGGGAGGUGGUGCAGGCGGGGAUCACGCCCAAGCAGUUGGUGGAGGUGGGAGAGCUUAUGAUGGUGAAGAAGGCGAGCAUGCGGGAGAUUGAGAUGGGAGGGGAAGGAGAGAAGGGGCUGAAGAACUGGUUGAUUAAGGGAAAUGUGAUUUAUAAGAGUGUGGGGUUGGGAUUGAUGGAUAUCUGUGUUGGGGAGGAUGUGGUGGGGAUCGCUAGGGAGAGGGGGUUGGGGACACAUAUUGAGGGGUUUUGA